AUGCACUGUAUAUUUGGGUUACUGUUUGCUUUCUGCGUGGAAGAAUAUAGUAAUUCAUAUCGUGUGGUUGUUGAGCUGUUGUUCUAUGUUUUUCUGCUGGCAAUGACCUGGGCACUGACACUCUGGCCUUGUUUUGAAGACUCACCUAAUGCUUGACCUGAGUUUAUGAUCCCUCUCCAUUGUCUGAAAGAAUCAAUUUGCCUUCAGUGCUUCAUUUCUGGUAUUACUUGCUUUUCUGGUAUAACGAUCUAAUUUGCAUUGUUUCGCUGUAUCAUUUCAGCUCUAUUUUAUCGUUGUCUACCAGUUGACCACGUUUGCUUUAACUGACCUUAUGACUGAGGAUUGGACAUGAUUUUCUUUAGUAAAAUACUUGGGUCGUUCCAGAAUUGGAGGAUACUUUAAGUCCCGCCCUUCCGAUUUGAAACAAGACAAUUUUGCCUGUCUUGUUCAUAGGAAUCUGGGUGUCCUUACUGUCUGAACAGUUUUAAUGUAUCACAUGGGAAUUUGAUGUGCCCCUAUUGUGGUUAGUCAUUAUGUUUUAUUUAUCAGGAGAAAACAGCAAACAGGAAGGUGUUAUAGUGGGACAGAAAUGAAGGAAGCAGACAGAAGAGCACAAGAACAAACAACAACAAGAAAUACAUUGUUACACGCCUAUGCUACCCAUUAACAUAGUGGUGCGAUCGUUAACUAAGGCUAGGUUCAUAUAGACCCUACCCACCGACGUCACAAAAUCACGUGAUGGCUGUAUUGUUCCGCCCCCUUGUCCGUCAUUAUGUGUCUGUAUUAUCAAUGGUCUCAAUUGAUCGAGCAAUUUAUAAUGCAUUUCAUGGAAGACCCGGUGCUUUCGGAUGCCGUAAACUCACUUGAUGCGUUGCAUAAAAGGCGUUAUGUGGAAAAGCUUCAGUUUAUCCAUUCGCCAGAUCCAUAUUUGACUCCUAAAUCGAUGUUUUUCGACCCACUGUCUCCGCCGUAUUUGCCUGACAUCUGCUAGCUACCCUGAUAUGUACAACUAUCUUGUCCACACAAAAUCAGCCUAUUCUCACGAAAGUCUGAAAAACUUUAAGAGCUUGGAGGCUUAUAAAUACUUCGUUGCUGGUUGGGUGAAACAGGUCCUCGUCCACGAAAAUUCGGCAGGAAUCUAUCUUGUGCUUGGAAAGGUGAGUUACGAAAUUUUCAAUUCAAAAUCUUUUGUUCUUGCUAACAUCCACUGUCAAGUCUAAUGUAUUUCAUGUCAUUUGUCAAUGGAGCUAGGGCUUUUAAUAUUUAUAUGGUUUAGCGAUUGCACUCUCACUACAUACAUACGUGUAUGUUGUCGGCGAUUAGCCUAGCAAUGAUCUUAAUUGUGGUUGUCAGCCCCAAUCCCUCUAAAUAUAUAUUAAAUGCAUCUUACCAGAUAUAAAAUGACUACUACAUAAUCUGUGGUAAUCGUUUGGAGCCCAGUUUUCUCGUCGAAUUGCAGCAGCCCAUCUCGCUCUCUCCUCUCCGGGUCUCUCGGAAUCCGGUAGAACUUCAAGUCUCUCCGUCUAUCUUCUCUGUUAUUGCAACCGACCGCCACACACGCUUUCACCAUUUUGAUUAUUAAUGUUAACGAGCAGAAAAACACGCCGUAAAUAGGAGGAAUGUACGUAGCCGUAACAGGUAAACACGAUGUGUUGACGGACAAUUGGGCGGCACCAGUCAGGAGGGCGGAGUUGUGACGUCACGUGGGUAGGGUCUAUACAGGUCUUACAGGUCUACAGGUCUUAAUGCACGAAUCCGAUUUUUUCGUGUUUUUCCGACUCACGUGAGGCAUUAACUUGACAGUCUGAACGUGACACCAUUUCAAAUCCGAUCUGGGUCACUUUCGUAUGUGGUUCAAAUCCGAUCUGGGCCACAUUUUCCAAAUCGGAAUUCAUGCAGCAAUUACGUCAUCAAAUAGCGAGAGAGCCGCUAUGGAAGCUGUGCGUUAUUAGCGCCUAGCUUGCAGUGAACAUGGCUUUUGGGGAAGGGCCGGGCUUGACAACAGACAUUAAAAAAAAAAAUAGAAAUGGGUUGAGGAUAAGCCUGAGAAUGAUCGGUUUUCUCUCUGCUCUAUGUGAGCAAUAUUUAAACAUUGCCUACACGGCUGAGAGUCGGGGCAAACUGCCCGUAUGUGUGUGUGACAUGCACGGACAGUGCGUGCAUGCUAUCGAUCCAUAUAAACUUUGAACAUAAGCCUAAACGGCGAUUAUUUAUGUCUGUUAUUUGUGUCCUCUUUUUGAAAAGCAAAAUAUGAUAUCCUUGGAAUGACGGAUGACGUGUGUCAUUUGUUUUGAUGCUUCUGCGCAUGCGGGUGUUCUUGCUCAGCACAUGUCGGACUGCAAAUUAGAGCGCAUGCGUAAUACUUGAAUGGUCUCAAUGGACAAAGGCAGUCUGAACGGGCACGCCAAAAAAACGGAUAUGACAAAAAAUCGGAUUUGUGCAUUAAGACCUGUAGUAUGAACCUAGCCUAAUUGUUAUUUACUCUUGAACACCAUGUGAGGGUCUGAUAACUGAGGAAAAGGGGAGGGAAGGUGAGUCAAAGUGAGAUGUGAUUAGGCAGAGUGGAGCGUACAAAAUUCAGCAAUGUGAGGUGGGGAACACAGAAUUAUGUACUGUAAAUCACCCCUAAGUGUGGAUAUAUAAGCUUUUUUUUUAUUAUGGUAGAAGAGAAAACAAUGAAUAGCUGGUGAAAAUUUAUGUUCUCUCCUCUAUUUUUCUUUUUUUUUUAUUUUUUUUAAAAAAUAAAAUACUGUUAUUAGCCUUGAUUGAAUGUCUUGUGCACCCUGUUAUGCGUAUUAUUAGAAUAAGAGAAUUAAAGAAUAUUAUAUAUUCACUUAUUUACACAUUUAAGUUUCUCCUCUUGGUCAACUGUAACAGCUAGCUAAACCCUUAGCGAGCUAUACUCCUGAGAAAAAGCUAAUAUAAGUAAAGAUUUGCAACACUGUUACUGUUACGAAGCCAAAUACCGUACAGUAUCUCUAAGGUGAGCUAAUCAAGUCUUUGAUAGUAUGUUAACUAUUAAUUAUGAAUAUGUUGCAGAAAAUCUGUAAAGUAAAGGCUAAUUUUUCAAGAUUUUUGAAGCCAAAAUGUCCUCCUAUUCUUAAAUGACCCAUGAAUACUUUUGUCAUGUAGGAUCAUGUUGUCCUCUAAGUUGAGACGAAGUCUACCAUUUGAUUUAGUGUUUAGUCUCAUACUCAUGCAAAUCGGAUAAGGCAAAUAUUUACUCGCUGCAACUUGACGAAGCAGAAAAAAGGAAAACCUUGAGAAUGAGAUGUUUUUAUGUUUUCCCUUCUGAGCCAGGCCUGUGACUUUUAAGUCCAGUCUUUGUGCCUACUUCAAAUUAACACCCAGGGAUCCCUGUUCAGUAUAUUGGGCUAGUGCAAUGUGGACUUGUUUUGUGUGUGGUUGAAGCAGUUGGAGAGGGAGAGAAAGCCUCAUCAAAAUGGAUGCCAUAUACCACUGAGAGCAGGCAGAGGAGGGAAGCUGAGCCGCUCGCAGUCUAGCGCAUAUACUGCAUUUUACAUGUCUGUCGAAAGGUACAGGGCCUUUUUUGUGCUCAAACGAGGGAAAUGGGGACUUGAUUUGAAGGAAUAGUGGAGAGAAGUCCUCUCUGCAUUGCAGCACUGAGGCUGAGGGGAUCAAGAAGCAGAAAAGCGUAUGUGGUACAUUGAGCCCAGCAUCCAAUCAGGUACCUCGUAGUGCUGCUAAAACCAAUCAGGCGCCUGCAGCUGAGGUUAAAGAUUGACAAUUGCAGAAGGAAGCAGCAGGGAGAGGAGGCCUUCUGGGAUACUUGGAACUACCGUUUCCAUCAUUUCACAACGCCCUCUCUAAUUGAAAACUCUUAAAGAAUAGGGUGAAGAAUCAUUAUUUUGGCAGAGGAGCUGAAGUCUGACACACACAAGGAGGCAAUGGAAAGCUCAACACGAUCCAAAGACUCAACAGAGCGGCCAGCCCAGAAACGAAAGAUGCCAAGUCCAUGUCAUUCAUCAAAUGGCCACUCCUCGACUGACACCUCUCCCAGCCCAGUCAAAAAGAAGAAGAAACCAGGUGCUGUUAGCAGCAGCAAAGACCAGUCAGAACUAAGACAUGGUCCCUUUUACUAUGCGAAGCAGCCAGCACUCACAACAGACCCUGUUGAUGUUGUACCGCAGGACGGCAGGAAUGACUUCUACUGCUGGUUGUGCCACCGCGAGGGUCAGGUGCUCUGCUGUGAGCUCUGCCCCAGGGUGUACCAUGCCAAGUGCCUCAAACUACCGGACGAGCCUGAGGGCGACUGGUUCUGUCCGGAGUGUGAGAAAAUAACAGUUGCUGAAUGUAUAGAGACUCAGAGCAAAGCCAUGAUGAUGCUGACUAUAGACCAGCUGUCUUACCUACUAAAGUUUGCUCUUCAGAAGAUGAAACAGCCAGGUGAUCAUCCCCGCUUGUCAUCUCGCUCUCCCCAUGCAGCUUCCACGCAGAGAAAGACUUUUAAUUGGACUGAACUCUUCCUGAAACCCGUUUCUCUUGAUCAGCAUCCAGACUAUGCAGAAUACAUAUUUCACCCAAUGGAUCUUUGCACUCUCGAGAAGAACAUUAAAAAGAAAAUGUAUGGCUGCACAGAGGCCUUCCUGGCAGAUGUUAAGUGGAUUUUGCAUAACUGUAUCAUUUACAACGGAGGCAACCACAAGCUAACAGCGACAGCUAAAGUUAUUGUCAAGAUCUGUGAACAUGAGAUGAAUGAGAUUGAAGUAUGUCCUGAGUGUUAUCUAUCUGCUUGCCAAAAGAGGGACAAUUGGUUCUGUGAACCAUGUGGUAACCCUCACCCUCUGGUGUGGGCUAAAUUGAAAGGUUUUCCCUUUUGGCCAGCUAAAGCAUUACGUGACAAAGAUGGCCAAGUGGAUGCUCGCUUCUUUGGUCAGCAUGACAGGGCCUGGGUCCCUUUAAAUAACUGUUACCUAAUGUCCAAAGAGAUUCCAUUCUCUGUGAAGAAGACCAAAAGCAUAUUCAACAGUGCCAUGCAAGAGAUGGAAGUCUAUGUGGAGAACAUGAGGAAGAAAUUUGGCGUGUUCAACUACGCCCCAUUCAGGACACCCUACACUCACGACAACAACUUUCAAAUGCUGCAGGACCCCUCUGAUCCUUCUUCCAAUCCUUUAAAGCCUGAGAAACAAGAAAAACUCAAGUUUAGCUUUGACAUGACCGCAUCGCCAAAGAUCUCACUGACCAGGACUGUGUUGCCUGGCGUCGGAGGGAUCGCUGCAGGACGUCGGCUGCCUCUCAGUGAUGUUCCUCGCUCCCCUAUGAGCACCAACUCAUCUGCACAUACAGGUUCAGACGGGGAGGAUACGACAGACAAGUCCCAAAUAAAGGCCGCGAACAGUCAGGGAAGUGUUGGAGAAGAGUCGAUGAGCUCUACAGUAUCACCAGCUCAUCCUCGACCAAGUCAAGCUGACAACUUAUUGGACAGCCCCAAACAAUUACACUCACAAGCUCCUGGCAACAGCAAGCAAGAGAAGACACAGCUAACAGGAAGUAUUUUGAACCUUAAUUUAGAUCGGAGUAAAGCAGAAAUGGACCUAAAGGAACUCAGUGAAACGGUGAUGCAGAAGCAGGGGUCCACUCCGGUUGUCUCCAAUCCAAAACGGCAGAUGAAGAGCCGCUUCCAAAUGAACUUGGACAAAACCAUUGAAAGCUGUAAAGCACAGCUCGGACUCAAUGAGAUCUCAUCACCUGUGUGCAAAGAGGAGGAUUCUGAAGACUCUGAGGGUAAAUCUGACUCUAGUGACACCGAGUAUGCCAGUGAUGAAGGAGCAAAGGGGGAACAGUCUCAGGAUACAGCACCUUCUGAGGAGCCCCAGAACGAGCGUACUAAAGACCAGAAACAAUCAUCUCCAAUCCAGGAAGUCAAAGCCAAAGCGCCUCUGGUAUCUGAGGCUGCAGAAUUGGACGUUAGCGCAACGACAUCCGAAGAAAAAGUUCCACCGGAGAAAGAUAGUCCAGAGAACAACAAAUCUUCCCCACAAUUGACUGUUUCCAGAGAGAAGGGAGAGGUGAAAGAAGAUUUGAAGCAUCAGAUGCCUGUGGAGGAUUCUGACUCGGAGAGGGAGCUGGUUAUUGACCUUGGGGAGGAGCCAGGGAAAAAGGACAAGAAGAGACGUAGAAAAGACACCACUAAUGUUAAAGGAGCGUCUGCUGGUAAACCUGAAGGUAAAUCUCUCACCCCUUCAGCGUUCCCAUCUCAAAACAGCACAACCCCUUCCACACCUUCCAGCGUUGCCUCGCAGUCCCCUAUGGCCAUUCCCGUCACAAUGAUCUCCCUCACAGCACCUUCAGCUUCAAAUGUUAGCCUCGCCACGGUCUCCAACGCCCCUGCGACUCCUCCCUCUUCCUCCUCCUCGUCUUCAGCCUCGUCCACCCCAGCGUUGAAGAAACAGCGCCCUCUGCUGCCUCGAGAAACCGUGCCUGUAACUCAGAGCGCCACCACGUGGACUCCCAACGCCAAGCUCCAGAACAGCUCUCAGAAAUGGCGUCAGCAGCCGCAAAUUCAAACAUUGUCACCACAGGCAUCGGAAAACAGUUCAGGAAGCACACGUUAUCAGACCAGACAGUCAAUUAAAGCUGUCACCCUGGUGUCCAGCUGCCCCGCCUCAGCAUCAGGUUUAGGCACAUCAUCUCCAUCCUCAUCCGUGGAAGCAGAACAGUACAUCUCGACAGCCUCAGCAGACGUUGCCGCCGAUAUUGCAAAGUACACCAACAAAAUGAUGGACGCUAUCAAAGGAACAGUGACUGAAAUCUAUAGUGACCUUUCAAAGAGCACUUCAGGAAAUACAAUUGCUGAGAUGAAACGACUAAGAAUUGAAAUUGAAAAGCUACAGUGGUUGCAUCAGCAAGAGUUGUCGGAGAUGAAGCACAAUCUUGAGCUUACAAUGGCUGAGAUGAGGCAGAGUCUGGAGCAAGAACGAGAGCGCUUGGUGGCAGAAGUGAAAAAACAGACCGAACAGGAGAAGCAGCAAGCAGUAGAUGAAACAAAGAAGAAACAGUGGUGCGCCAACUGCAGAAAAGAGGCCAUUUUUUACUGCUGCUGGAACACGAGCUACUGCGAUUAUCCGUGUCAGCAGGCCCACUGGCCCGAACACAUGAAGUCCUGCACUCAGUCAGCCACAGCACCACAGCAAGAACCCGAGGCGGAGUCAGGAGCAGACAUGUCAAACAAAGGAGUGGGACAGGGUAAUUGCGGCCCAAAUACUCUCCGAGAAACACCUGCCUCUGCUGCAUUAGAUAAAGACUGUGACACAGAGAGCAGCAAUGUCAAUGUUGCAGUAAGCUCAUCUUAACUGUGUGCAAUAUAUAUAUUUUUUUCAUUCACUAAAUUGUUAUAUGUACAGUAAUUGUUCUCUAUGUAUAUGCUCUGUUAAAGUGAUUGUAUUCAAAAUGUCUUUUAUUUAUUGUGGAGUUUUUCAAUUUAGGGGUCAAGUGCACAGUGGUUUUUUUUUUCCUGUUUUGAAUGUGCAAUUAAGACUGACAGCACCAAGAAAUGUGCACUACCGGCCAGGCCGUAUCCAUGUACUCUUUUUAGGCAGUCGUUUUAAACAGCAUGCACACUCAAUUAUCCAAGAAAACUUGUACAGUUUAAAAUGACAAAUCAAACACAUCUAAUAGACCAAUUCACUAUAAGAGUACUAUUAACAAUUAUGUAAAGUUCCAUUUCAGAAGGUUACUUUUUGUUGCCUACUUUAUUCUGUAUUAUAUGAAAAAGACAUUUUCAA